CCGCCGGGAGAGCGGCGGGCGGCGCAGCUUGGGCGGCGCUGUGUCAACGCCGGGUUCGGGAGCCUGCAGCGCAGACCCUGCCCAGCGCUUGCCACCCGCGCGGAGCCGCGGGGCUCCAGCGCUGCAGCCGCUCUCCGGGUGCCGGGCAUUGUUGUGAGCCGGAGACGGGGCGCGGGGAUUACCAAGGCUGACGCCCCCAGGGCCCCUUUCGCCAUGUGGAUACCUACGGAGCACGAGAAAUACGGCGUGGUGAUUGCCAGUUUUCGGGGCACCGUCCCAUAUGGCCUGUCUUUGGAAAUUGGAGACACCGUUCAGAUCCUGGAGAAAUGCGAUGGCUGGUACAGAGGAUUUGCCUUAAAAAACCCCAAUCUGAAGGGUAUAUUUCCUUCCAGCUACGUUCACUUGAAAAAUGCCUGUGUAAAGAACAAAGGACAGUUUGAAAUGAUUAUUCCCACUGAAGACUCAGUUAUCACAGAAAUGACAUCCACGUUAAGAGACUGGGGCACCAUGUGGAAGCAACUCUAUGUCAGGAACGAAGGUGAUCUCUUCCACCGGCUGUGGCACAUCAUGAAUGAGAUCCUGGAUCUGCGGCGCCAGGUGCUGGUGGGCCACCUUACCCACGACCGCAUGAAGGACGUGAAGCGCCACAUUACUGCCCGCCUCGACUGGGGCAAUGAGCAACUUGGACUGGACCUGGUGCCCAGGAAAGAGUAUUCAAUGGUGGACCCGGAGGACAUCAGCAUCACUGAGCUCUACCGAUUGAUGGAGCAUCGGCAUCGGAAAAAAGACACACCUGUGCAGGCCAGCAGCCAUCACCUCUUUGUGCAGAUGAAGAGCCUCAUGUGUUCCAACCUGGGGGAGGAGCUGGAAGUCAUCUUCUCCCUGUUUGAUAGUAAAGAAAACCGCCCCAUCAGCGAGAGGUUUUUCUUGAGGCUGAACAGAAAUGGACUUCCCAAGGCCCCGGAUAAGCCGGAGCGACACUGCUCUCUCUUUGUGGAUUUGGGUAGCAGCGAGCUCAGGAAGGACGUUUACAUCACCGUGCACAUUAUCCGCAUCGGUCGAAUGGGGGCAGGAGAAAAGAAGAAUGCCUGCAGUGUCCAAUACCGACGCCCCUUUGGCUGUGCCGUUCUGAGCAUCGCCGACCUGCUGACGGGAGAGACGAAGGAUGACCUCGUCCUGAAAGUGUACAUGUGUAACACCGAGAGCGAGUGGUACCAAAUCCACGAGAACAUCAUCAAAAAGCUGAACGCACGUUAUAAUCUGACUGGCUCCAAUGCAGGCUUGGCGGUUUCCCUACAACUGUUACAUGGCGACAUGGAACAAAUGAGAAGGGAAUACUCCUCGGUAUUUUCUCAUGGAGUAUCCAUAACGAGGAAGUUGGGGUUUUCUAAUAUCAUCAUGCCUGGUGAAAUGAGGAAUGAUUUAUAUAUCACUAUAGAAAGGGGAGAAUUUGAGAAAGGUGGGAAGAGCGUGGCCAGAAAUGUGGAAGUCGCCAUGUUUAUUAUAGAUAGUAGUGGCCAGACCUUAAAGGAUUUUAUCUCCUUCGGCUCUGGAGAGCCACCAGCUAGUGACUACCACUCCUUUGUGCUUUAUCAUAACAACAGUCCCAGGUGGUCCGAACUGCUGAAGCUUCCCAUUCCUGUGGAUAAAUUCAGGGGUGCGCAUGUCCGCUUUGAAUUUCGGCACUGUUCUACAAAAGAGAAAGGAGAGAAGAAGUUGUUCGGCUUCUCUUUUGUCCCUCUGAUGCAGGAGGAUGGCAGGACUCUUCCAGAUGGCACGCAUGAGCUCAUCGUGCACAAGUGUGAAGAAAACACAAACCUUCAAGACCCGACCCACUACCUCAAGCUUCCCUUCUCGAAGGGCCUUCUCCUGGGGCACAAUAAUCCAGCCAUGAAGGCCACAAAGGAGUCUUUUUGGAUAACAUCUUUUCUCUGUUCCACAAAACUCACACAGAACGGUGACAUGCUCGAUCUUCUGAAAUGGAGAACCCACCCAGAUAAGAUCACCGGCUGUCUCUCUAAAUUAAAAGAAAUCGAUGGCUCAGAGAUUGUUAAGUUCCUACAAGAUACACUGGACACCUUAUUUGGAAUUUUAGAUGAAAACUCCCAAAAAUAUGGAUCUAAAGUGUUUGAUUCUUUGGUUCACAUAAUAAAUUUGCUACAGGAUAGCAAAUUUCAUCAUUUCAAACCUGUAAUGGACACGUACAUUGAGAGUCAUUUUGCUGGGGCGCUUGCAUACAGAGACCUCAUCAAAGUGCUCAAGUGGUACGUGGACAGGAUCACCGAAGCUGAGCGGCAAGAGCAUAUCCAGGAGGUGCUGAAGGCUCAGGAGUACAUUUUUAAGUACAUCGUUCAGUCCCGAAGGCUCUUUUCCCUGGCCACUGGUGGACAAAACGAGGAGGAAUUCCGCUGCUGCAUCCAGGAGCUCCUGAUGUCAAUCCGCUUCUUUCUCUCCCAGGAGAGCAAAGGGUCGGGAGCACUAUCUCAAUCACAGGCCGUGUUUCUCAGCUCCUUCCCAGCUGUGUACUCCGAGCUGCUGAAGCUCUUUGAUGUCCGGGAGGUGGCCAACUUGGUGCAGGACACUCUGGGCAGUCUGCCGACCAUCAUGCACGUGGAUGACUCCCUGCAGGCUGUCAAGCUGCAAUGCAUUGGCAAGACCGUGGAGAGCCAGCUGUAUACCAACCCAGACUCCCGGUACAUUCUCUUGCCUGUCGUGUUACAUCACCUCCACAUGCACUUGCAAGCACAGAAGGACCUGAUCAUGUGUGCGCGUAUCCUUAGCAACGUGUUUUGCCUCAUCAAGAAAAACAGCUCCGAAAAGUCUGUGUUGGAGGAGAUAGAUGUGAUCGUGGCCAGUCUGCUGGACAUCCUGCUGAGAACCGUCUUGGAGAUCACCAGCCGACCUCAGCCAUCCGGCUCAGCAUUGCGGCUUCAGUUCCAGGAUGUCACGGGGGAAUUUGUUGCGUGUCUCCUGUCCCUUUUACGACAGAUGACAGAUAGACAUUAUCAGCAGCUUCUUGAUAGUUUCAAUACAAAGGAAGAUCUAAGGGAUUUCCUGUUGCAGAUAUUUACCGUGUUCCGAAUCCUGAUCCGCCCGGAGAUGUUUCCAAAGGACUGGACUGUCAUGCGCUUGGUGGCCAACAAUGUUAUUAUUACAACAGUUCUGUACCUCUCAGAUGCUCUGCGUAAGAACUUCUUAAAUGAAAACUUUGACUAUAAGAUCUGGGAUUCCUACUUUUACCUCGCGGUCAUUUUUAUAAACCAGUUGUGUCUGCAAUUGGAGAUGUUCACACCAUCCAAAAAGAAAAAGGUGUUAGAAAAGUACGGUGACAUGCGGGUAACAAUGGGCUGUGAAAUAUUCAGCAUGUGGCAAAACCUAGGUAAGAGAUGGAAAGAGAAGUCAUUGCAUGUCCUUGCAAAGGUUUUGGGGAUCUCUCUCAGAAUACCAAACCUUGCUCCUGUUGAGUUGAUGCUGCCUCAAAGCACCCUUGUGGAAGCCAAGCUAAUCGACAAACUGGAUAGCCUCAUGUCUGAAGGCAAAGGUGACGAGACGUACCGCGAGCUCUUCAACAGUAUAAUUCCACUCUUUGGUCCCUAUCCUAGUCUGCUAAAGAAAAUUGAGCGGGAAACAUGGAGGGAAAGUGGCGUUUCAUUAAUCGCUACUGUCACCCGUCUAAUGGAGAGGUUGUUAGAUUACAGGGACUGCAUGAAAAUGGGCGAGGUCGAUGGGAAGAAGAUUGGCUGCACAGUCAGCCUUCUGAACUUCUAUAAAACUGAACUCAACAAGGAGGAGAUGUAUAUACGCUACAUUCACAAGCUCUACGACCUGCACCUGAAAGCACAGAACUUCACAGAGGCUGCAUAUACCCUCCUGUUGUAUGAUGAAUUGCUGGAGUGGUCUGAUCGGCCCCUCAGGGAGUUUCUGACCUACCCCAUGCAAACAGAAUGGCAGCGCAAGGAGCACCUGCACCUCACCGUCAUCCAGAACUUUGACAGAGGCAGAUGUUGGGAAAAUGGCGUCAUCCUGUGCCGGAAGAUAGCAGAGCAGUACGAGAGCUAUUAUGACUACAGGAACCUGAGCAAGAUGCGGAUGAUGGAAGCCUCUUUGUAUGAUAAAAUCAUGGACCAGCAGCGUCUUGAACCAGAGUUCUUCAGAGUUGGCUUUUAUGGCAAAAAAUUCCCCUUUUUCUUAAGAAAUAAGGAGUUUGUGUGUCGUGGGCAUGACUACGAGAGGCUGGAGGCCUUUCAACAGAGAAUGCUGAACGAAUUCCCCCAUGCCAUCGCCAUGCAGCAUGCCAACCAGCCUGAUGAAACCAUCUUCCAGGCAGAAGCUCAGUAUUUGCAGAUCUAUGCCGUGACUCCCAUCCCCGAGAGCCAAGAGGUCCUACAGAGAGAGGGUGUUCCGGACAACAUCAAAAGUUUCUAUAAAGUGAAUCAUAUCUGGAAAUUCCGCUAUGACAGACCCUUUCACAAAGGGACUAAAGAUAAGGAAAACGAAUUCAAGAGUCUCUGGGUGGAGAGAACGUCCUUAUACUUGGUGCAGAGUCUACCUGGAAUUUCCCGCUGGUUUGAAGUGGAAAAGCGUGACGUGGUAGAAAUGAGUCCUCUGGAAAACGCAACUGAAGUAUUGGAAAAUAAGAAUCAGCAACUGAAGACCCUGAUUAGCCAGUGUCAGACAAGACAGAUGCAGAAUAUCAAUCCCCUGACCAUGUGCCUGAACGGCGUGAUCGAUGCCGCAGUGAACGGUGGAGUCUCCAGGUACCAAGAGGCAUUCUUUGUCAAAGACUAUAUCUUAAGUCACCCUGAAGACGGAGAGAAAAUUGCACGGUUACGAGAGCUGAUGCUGGAGCAGGCCCAGAUAUUGGAAUUUGGUCUGGCGGUGCACGAGAAGUUUGUUCCGCAAGAUAUGAGACCCCUUCACAAAAAGCUGGUGGACCAGUUCUUUGUCAUGAAGUCGAGCUUAGGGAUCCAGGAGUUCUCUGCCUGUCUUCAAGCCAGCCCGGUCCAUUUUCCUAACGGGAGCCCUCGCGUGUGUCGGAACUCGGCACCUGCUUCGAUGAGCCCAGAUGGCACCAGGGUAAUUCCUCGGCGCAGCCCAUUAAGUUACCCAGCCAUCAACCGGUAUUCCUCCUCCUCACUCUCCUCCCAAGCUUCUGCUGAAGUAAGCAAUAUUACAGGGCAAUCAGAAAGCUCUGAUGAAGUCUUUAACAUGCAGCCAAGCCCAUCUACCUCAAGUUUGAGUUCUACUCAUUCGGCUUCGCCUAAUGUGACAAGUUCUGCUCCAUCGAGUGCCAGAGCGUCUCCUUUGUUGUCGGACAAACACAAACAUUCCAGAGAAAACGCUUGCUUGUCACCCAGAGAGAGGCCGUGCAGUGCCAUCUUCCCGACACCCGUGGAGCCUUCUCAGAGGAUGCUGUUUAAUCACAUUGGAGACGGGGCCUUGCCACGCAGCGACCCUAAUCUCUCUGCACCUGAGAAAGCUGUGAACCCCACCCCUAGCAGCUGGAGCCUGGACAGUGGGAAGGAAGCCAAGACCAUGUCGGAUAGUGGGAAGCUUCUUUCUCCCCCUGUCCCUCCAAGACCCACACUGACUGCUUCACCGGCAAGACACACGACGCCAGUUUCCCCCUCGCCUGCCGGACGCUCUCCAUUGAAGCAGGGUUCCGUGCAGUCAUUCACCCCGUCUCCGGUGGAGUUCCACUGCCCAGGCCUGAUCUCCAACUCCCCGGGCCUGUCGGGCAGCUACAGCAGCGGGAUCUCCUCGCUCAGCCGGUGCAGCACGUCGGAAACCUCUGGCUUUGAGAACCAGGGGACCGAGCCGCCAGCCCCAGGGCUGGUGCCCGUGCCCGUGCCCGUGCCCAUGUCCGGCUACAGCGCGCCGGAGGAGCCCGUGCGCAAGGAGAGCAAGACGCCGCCACCCUACAGCGUCUACGAGCGGACUCUGCGGCGCCCCGUCCCGCUACCUCACAGCCUGUCCAUUCCGGUCACCUCCGAGCCCCCCGCGCUGCCCCCUAAGCCCCUGCCGGCGCGCUCCAGCCACCUGGAGAACGGGACCCGGAGGACUGAGCCCGGGUCGCGGCCGCGGCCCCUGCCCCGGAAAGUCUCUCAGCUCUGAGUCACUUUUCUAGACCCCUGCGAGGAAUUCUUGGCCGUUUACAAAAUACCGAGCAGGAGAAGGCAGUUAGUGUAGGCACUUUAAUAACCUCCUCGGGUUUUCUGCCGAAGGAGCGGGAUGGAGACAUGCUUAUUAAUGCGAUGCUGCACAGUAAUGAACGUUCCGGAUCCAAACUUCCCGGUCGCCCAAUCACGUAUGGCUGGGUGCCAUGAACGACCUUUCUCAUGUGGAAGUGAUAAGUAGUGAUAAAAGCUUAUUUUGUAUCUUUUUAUGUUCACUUCUUAAAAAUAUAGUUUAACCUCCAAACCAAUACAACAUUGCCCAUCAGUGCCCUGGGGGAUAACAAUGUCAGCUUUUUACCGAAUACUUGAUGCUCAUGUGUAUCAAGUCAGUGAACAUUGUAACACGCCGGUCCUUACUUUCGAAGACUUCUGUAGGUAAGGGGAGGUUCAGGCUCUUUCCUCGAGCUAGAGCUAACGGGUCAGCGCACAUCAUCAGGCUCAAAGGUCGAAGCAGGCGGGUUACACACCAUCCUGAAAGGGGCCCAGGAUUGAGAUUGUCAACGGUUUUCGGCUGGUCUUUGAUGUUUGACAGCUGCUCCCACCAACAAACUCUACUUUGUGAGUGGGUUGAUGGUUCCUUGUGUGCCCCGACGCCCGAGUAUCGACUGUAUUUCUUUUUUAAGGUGCAAUUUACUUUCAGAGUUCCGAUCAGUUAGGCGAAGGAAAAGGCCACAGGAGAAAUGUUUACUUGAAUUUUGUGCUUCCCUACUUGAUAGCUUCCUACACAACACUUGUCAUUGAAGAAGAGCAGAUGUUCAAGUGUUACGGAGGCACAGAUUAAUGUGUUCCAUUAACGAGAAUUCAGGAAUCAAUACAGGACAGUAUUAAAUCAAUAGCGUAAAUGAAGAAAAAAAACCUUAGAGAAAAUAUAUUAGCAUGAUUAAAUAGCAAAAGGACUUUCAAAAGGCAAGGGCAUUAACUUUCAAUCCUGGUUUUAAACACACACACACACACACACACACACUCCCCAUUCUUUCCUCUGGAGCUUGUCUGCUCAGCUGAACCUCUUGUCCUUUGGUAGAAGGAGGAUGGCUAUUGACUGACCUAGCUGGAAGUUUGUAAGGUAGCAUCUUAGAUCUAGGUAGCGAUGCUAAUGCCCCUGUUGUAGGAGUGUGAAAAAGCACCUUGUACGUAGCCAUGUCUUUUGUAUCUUUGUGUUUUUCAUUUACUGACUGUUGAUAACACUCACUUGACAAUAGAUAGAUACCGAACUGUAUUUUAAAACCAUGCUGUUAAGUAUUUCCCCUCUUUUGUUGGGAAGCUCAGUUUACUUUAACUGUGUUUGUUUCUGUUGAUAGCUUACCUGGAAGGCAGUGACCACUUUUUUUAUAUUCUCUUAAUGAAACCACUCAGCAGGUAUAUGCUGCUGAGCCUGGUUAUAGAGGUUUUCUAUUAAAAAAAUGUUCAAGUAUUUUUGUACAUAACUGGUUAAUUUUAAUAAGAGAUGCCACUAUGUUGUAAAAGGAAAAAAAAAGUUAAAAUAAAAGCAAACAGUGGUGGAUGCAGUAUGAUUGUUAUAAUUAUGCCAAAUACUUUAUGUAUGAAAAAAGACUUAUUUGUACAUAUGUGCUUUUAACAAUAACUCUGCCAUAUUGACUUUACAAUUUUGAAUGUCAAAAAUAUUAAUAUAUGUUAAAAUAUUUAUGUUUAGUGAAAGUAUUCAUAAUUGAGAAAAGGAACAUAUGAAUUUUAGCUUUGUAUCUUGAAACUUUUGCAGUUGGGAAUUUCUUGAACUAGCUUUUGAUGAUAACAUUUUGUGUUUGUAAUCACAUCCUUAAAAUAUAUGUGUAUAUGUACAUAUAUAAAUAUAAAUAUAUAGAAGGCUCCAUUUUGCGUUGCUUUAAAGAAGUAAAACCUUCCCUUGAAAUAAGGCAACAUGCAUACGAUAACCAGGCUUCUUUGAUUUCCUCUUCCCAUGUAAUUUAAUAAUCUGUUGACGUGUGCUCGGGCACAGUAGGAAUCAGUGUUACUUGCUCUUGAAGCCGUUUUGGUUUUUCUUUGAGUUUUUAAUGUCUAGCAAUGGACAGUCACAGUUGCCAUCGGCGUGUUUCUCUGAAGCAGCUCCACAGCAGAACAUUCAGGAGAUUCAGUUUGCGCAACUGUUCGUGUUGGUUGCUGCUGAAUGUUAAAUAUUAAAUAAAAUUCCCUGAUUAAUCUUAA